UGUCGAUGUGCUGAUGGCCUUCGUGUUGCUGGAAGUCCUCGCUGAGCUGUCAGAGAGAGCUGAGAUGGCAAAAAAAGUUGACGCCUUCCUGCCAAGCAUGAUGAAGAUACUGGAAGCUGGCAGUGAAGAUGAAAAGCUGAAGAUCAUUGUGGUCUUCCGAAAUAUCCUGGGUCAGCUGAAAAAGGCAAAGGCCAGCUCCAUCGCCAUGAUGCUGGUGGGGAAGGUGCUGCCGCUCUUUGACUCGGAGUGCAGCCAGCUGCGAGAGCUCUCCCUGUUGCUCUUCAGAGACCUGCUGAAGGCUGUGUUGAGUAGGGAUGAGAAGAAGAUGAGGAGGAACAUUCAGAGUGCUCUGGUCCCUCUUCUCUUCCGUCUGAAUGACCAUAUCCCCAGCGUGGCUAAGGCCUCCAGGGAAGCCCUUUUUGCUGCUGCAGAGCUUCUCAAAUGGAAGCAGCUCAAGCACCUGCUGCAGAGAGAGCGGAUGUGGGAGCUUGGAGAAUGCUUGCUGCUGAGGAGGAGCAGCAGGGCUGAAGAGUACAUGCAUCAGAGCCUGCCCUACCUGAGGGACUCUCAGUCCUCCGUGCGCCUGGCGGCCGUCAGGUUCAUCAGGAGCGCCACGACACACAUGAGGGACCAGGAUUUGGAGACUCAGACUGACGUCCUCAGUGCCCUUCAGCCCUUGGAGACGGACAGGGACAUCUCGAUCAGUUCCAUGGCAGCCCACGCUGGCUCGAUCCUAAGAGCUCCAAGGGUGCGGCGAAGAUCAUCGGUCAUUCUCCAAAUGCUGUGCUGCUGGUGCCGGUGAGCCCAGCAGAGUUGUAGUUUUCUGUAGCUGCUGGUGCCGGUGAGCC